AUGCCCAAAUACUUAUAUUCACAAUCAAUUUGAUGAUGUUUAUAAAGGCGAAAUAACCCUUAUUCAAGAGGAGAAUGGUGGUACUUCUAUUUUCGGCUUUUUCUCAGAAGGAUUCGAAGAGGAUGGCGAAUAUACUUUUCACAUACUAGAUGACUAUCGAAAUUCUCUUCAUGACAUAACCAAAUAUUUAAAUAUUAAAUUUGUUAAUGGUGGUACAGGACCAUUUUCAGCAAAAAUUCCCCAAAAUAUCGACU